UCCACCCUGGCCACAGCGCACAGCACGACUAUCGAUGUGGAGGGUAUGGCGGUAAGUGUGUGUGUUGGUAGACUUUGAGCCUGCUUGUCUUUUUAAGCGAUGUCUGUUAAGACCCUACUUAAUCGAGCAAAGACACAUUGCUCUGAGAACGAAGGUUACAAAGAAGAACUCAAUUAUCUAUUCAACCUAUUUUCCCAAAACGGCUACCCCAGAGAUUUUGUACGCAGAUGCAUGAAAGAGCAGGAAUCAAAAGAAGGAGAGAAGGAACUAGAUUGUUCCGAUCAGACGCCAAAACCAAAACAUUGGCGAACGCUUCCCUACAUUAAAAAUGUGUCUGAACUCGUUGAAAGACACCUGAGGAAGCACCAAAUACAAGUGGCUCACAAACCGACUACCACGCUACGCAAUCAGCUUGUACACCCUAAGGAUAGGGUUGGCUAUUUUGAUAAGAAAGAAGUAGUCUAUAAGAUUCCAUGUGGCACUUGUAAUGCAGUGUAUUGUGGUCAAACCGAAAAAUCCGCCUCUACACGCCUACAUGAACAUCAAUUGGCAGUGAAGAGGCGGGACCACUUAUCCCAAGUCGCCAUGCAUACUCUUGAAACUGGGCAUAAAAUCGCUUGGGAUAAAACACGCAUUGUCGGUUCCUGCCCAUAUAAGAAAGGCUGAGAAUUCCUAGAGGCCAUUCACUCUGAUGAUUCAUGCAUCAACCGACGCAUCGACCUUGAUACCAUGUACACAAGUCUCAAAGAAAAAUGGAAAAGGUAAUAGCCAAUCAAGACGUGACAUCAGCCCACAGCAUUAACCAAUCCUCAGUCAUGACAGAGCAAUAUCGAUUUUUUCGGCAUUGUUUAAAUUUUGACUGUUUCUUUACACUUACUACACGUCUGAAGACGAGCUGGGGAACCAGACUCAAAAAUUUACGAAAUAAAGUUUGUUCAUUUUCCCAAAGGACUCAUUCUUCUUCGAAUUAUGUUUCUUGGGAUGCCCAUCUUCCAGUACAUAAGUGUUUCUGUAUAUUCAGUUCCGAGCUAACCACAUUAUCAGCAACGAUAUGUUGAUGACGAGAAGCACCACAAAUACAGUGGAUGUGUUUUCCCGUGACCUGUUAGCUGAAAUUCCGAAAUGUAUAUUCAGUUCGAAAAGAUUGCUUAAGUGAGGUUGUGAUGUCAGUUAUCGUGCAGAAUAAUCCCAAGGUGCUUCAAUAACGCCAGGAUUUCGGCUUUUAAACGAUCUUCCUUCCGGCCGCCUGCGUAAACUGCACACUGUAAAAAGUAACAACAUAUGUAGUUAGAAUUGUUCGUAUCGAUUGUCGAUGCUCCUAAAAGUUUAAGAAUAUCUUGCAGAAAAAUUGCGAAAAAGUGUAUUUUGUCCUUAUUUGGUAACAAAUUACGUAUUCUUAAAAAUUUCAUUCUUAGAAGGAAAAGCGUCUUUGGAUUUUAAAAAAUGUUUGAAAUUUUCUAAUCAUCUAGACCCAACUUGCCGUUACAUUUGUAUUUGGAGUUCCCAAAUUACAGUCUGUGUGCUCUCUGUGCGCGGAUAAUCGUGUACAUAUCUUCGUUUUCUAAAAGAUAUCAUACAGGACUCAAAAAGUUUUUAAAUAUAUGUGGGCCGUGGUGUCUUUGCUAAACGCAGCACUAAUACACGUCCUGGUCCGAUACUGGGUGAUCGGACACUUCAUGGUCUUAUAAACUCUCAUUAUUGAAAACAUCCCAAAAGCGUCUUCUUCGAGUGUUGCAUUCUAAGAAGACGUAAUUUGAUACCAAAUGGUUAUAAUGAGGGGUUUGGGGCAAUUAUUUUACAAAACAUGUUCGAAUUCAUAAAGGUAUUAAAAAGCAGUGCAGAAAAUUCAUAUUGAGUAAGUAGGCAUUUUUUUACAGAGCGUAUUUCAUCUUGAGGAUCACAGAGAAGCUCGUUCAAAACCUGACGCCAUGACGUAACUGAAAUACCACGAAAUAUUGCUGCGUGAUAAUUGAUAUGACAACUCUACAUAAGUAAUUUUUCCGAAUUGAUCACAUAUUUCAACAUUUAUUAAGAUAGCACACCCGCUAUAGAGCCUUAAUAAUUGUCCGUCUAAGAAUGCUGCUGGAUCUGAGGAAGUUCGUGGAAAUAAAUCUAAACCUCCAAUAUCGUCCGGAAAGACGCUUUUGUUGCUGUUCCCCACAAACUCCUUAAAGCUGAAUUUUUUUAUCUUCAACGACUGCCGAUUUGCAAGAACAAUAUAGUAUUUUAAACACCGCAUGAGAUCCUGCCCCUUAAUUUGUGAUCGAGUGCGCGCACAUUUUGCGUUUUCAUUCGAUCACUAGGAUACCUUCUCCAGACUGCGCAAUCCUUCCUUUUCAAAUAAGUUACCCAGGCAGGCUUAUCCGGCCGGUUAUUAGGUUUGGAAGUUGUCUGUCUUUUCGAAGUUACAAUUUUUGUUAGACUACCCAUGAUUUUUUAAACCACACACGAAACAUUUCUCAGUGCCAUAUUUUUUCACGCUAUCCCUAGAAAGAGCUUGGAUAUACUUCUUAUCGCGUGUCUCUCGACAUGUUUGUCAGUGGUUUGGGGGGAAUGGUAUCUUCACGAUACGGAUAGAAGGCCCCUUGUAUUAUAAGUGGUCUUGCCCCGAGGAUUAGGGUUAGGGCUAGGCCUGGAAGGGCCUGGAAUCAUCUGUCUGUUGAGAAAUUUAAAAUAAGAUUAUUCAUGAAGGCAUUUACCGAAGUAGUGAGUUGUCGGGCGCUCCUUUUCGCGAAGAUGGUCGUUUGGGUCAAAUGUGAAGACUCAUUCAAACAUCAAACUUCAUUUUCGAAAAAUGUGACUGUCCACAACGAAAGUCAUCAACGAAUAUGCCUUCGAUCAAUAAGAAAACCUUCCUUAGGUACCGAAACCGUCACGUCACUGGCGUAAAAUACCAGUUGUCGUCUGUUUGACAGCUUGUUACAGCUGAUACUGCAGGACUUGGCGGGUGGUUAAUUACUUGCAGGAGAUUUUUUUUGACAGAACCGUAACUACCCUAUAAGUUACUUGUGCAACCGUUCAACUUGGAGAGUCAUGACGAUGAAAGGUGUUUGCCCAACUGGCAUUCGUUUUGGAGUUAAUUAAAUUUCUGCAUCGCAAUCCCGCUUUUGCAUUUUCCCCCGCAGUUGAUACGCUGCAGCUGUCCUCGGAUGGACCGCCGAGCGAAACCAGUGUUUACUACCUCUGAAGUAGUCAUUAAUUACUUUCGUCUAGCGACGUUAAUUUGGUACAUAAGAAUAUUCGGGGUAAGUCAGCAGAAACCGGACGAUCAAAUAAGUCUUAGUUUAAAUAAUCGAAAUUAUUGAUAUUCUGAUCAUACAUUAUUAACUUAAAUGUACAAGAAAAAGUCAAAGAGGACAGCUGGAGCUAGUGCUCGAAAUGUCUACGGCGUUUUUCAGUACGUUUAGAAGUCCUGUAAAAAAGGAGUAGCACACAAGUCGGGACAGGUCUUCUCCGGUUUUUGUAUGAGAAUUCACUAUUCUUGCGGCAAGUUGGUGAACAGACCUCGGAAUUUCAGCGUACAUUGGGAUUUUCAGCACGUGAAAUAAGAAACUGCCUAAGCUGAUCGUAUGCCGCACUACAUCCUCUGGUCAAGGUCUCACAAGUCAGGGGAACUUAUCUUCAAUAACGCCUCUGAAUAUUCACACGUUUAAGCCCCUUGCGCGUCUGCAGAAAGGUGUUAGUGCAUCAGGCGCGGCAGGGCCUCUGGCCAUGAUGUUUGCAUGGCGCAGUCGCUCCCAUGCCCAGUCCGCUUGUCCGGGAAUGAGACCAGACCAGACAGCGCAGCUUGCAAUAUUCUCCUGAUGGAUAGGUAAACAAAAGUGAAUGCCCUUUGUGCUUUUUGACCGUCGGUUGAUGUCAUAAACGUUCGCACCAGCGUGCUUUCCUCCCGCUCUUCUUCCUCUCUUGCACGACAGGACUUUUGUUCACUGGGGCAACUGGAUAAAAGCAGUAAGGAGAUCUACCACCUUGCAAUUUUCCUGGUGGUGUUUUUUUCAUUUAUGACCACUCCAUUCUUUUGGAAGGAGAGUACACAACAGCAUGGGUUACAGAGAGAGAGAGACAGAUGGCGAAAGCAACAGCAACCGGGGAAAGGCGCACAAAGAUUCAAAAUUUGAACCUCGUACGAUGCCAGAGAGCGUUGUUACUUUUAUGGACAGAGGAGUAGGUGGGGGGAGCAAGGAGGCUUUAUAAUCAUCCAAACGUGAGUACUGAGACGUCCAUACUCACCCCCUAUUUGUAAAAGUUUGCCCUCAAGCGCUCUCUUGGAAGAUACACGUGUGUUUCCGAAUCAUUCGAAAUGUCCUCCAUACAGCAGCAGAAACAUCUACAAAACAAGGGGCUUGUUAUGGAGCUCUAUAGCCUGUUAGAGAGCUCUGGUGGAACCACCAUCAUAAAUGACGAUGGUAACGCAGAUGAUACUUGUAGAAGUUGAUUGAUUUCGAGUUAAAGGUUUGUUACAUUCCAGGAGCUGUCAUUAGCGAGCGGCCUCUCGAGCUUCUAGUUCCAAGUCAUCCUUUUAAUAACCUGCGCACUUGUAAGUUUAUAACAUAGACGGGUUUAUGGCUCGGACCCCAGAUGGGGUCAGAGCCAUAAUUUGAGGAAUGAAGUUGCGUUGUGUCUGUAUAUCCGCGGGUUUGUUUUCAGGCUCUCUGCUACCAUAGCUUGGCCGCGGUCCUCCCGGCAGUUGGUCGUUUGUUUGCGAUCCCGUACACCCAUUUGGGGCUGGUUAGCGUUGCGAAACCAGCAGAUCCGUGUGUUCUACUUCAUAUGUAAAUGGAUACCCGAUCUAUAACGUCAGAGAAAGCAGGUUGGCGGCCCUCAUAGUUGCAGUAGAGUCAGCGUGCUUGUUCGGUAGGGAAGGCCAAUUGAUCAUCGACUCCUUUUUUGUGUUAAAAGGAUCCGAGAAGGGUUGAAGUCGGCGGUAUCCUAAAAGCCCGUGAGAUACUGCUUUGAUUACAAUAGUUGUGUUGUCGACGUAGUUGGCCCAGAAUUUUGGGUAGUAUGCGACGGAUACCAUUCACUCGAACUUCUGCUUCAGCUGUCAGAAUGGUUAGAGCCGAAUACGUCACGAUACUCUUCCUUUACUUGAAAGACUUUCAGUUAAAUGUGAGGAACGUCGUAGGACACAGUUAUAGGAACUCGGCCACGCGCGCUUACUUGCACCGGCUUUCGGUUUCGUCUUAUAUUUUUUGGGAGCAGACCAUCGCUAUUGUCGAUGUAAGGGCCGGACUGGAUAAAGGUCACUGAAGAAAUCACAUCAAAAAGCACUAGCAUCUCGUAUGCCCCCCGCUCUAAAUGUCUGAUAAGUACCCAAAACUUGCAAACCGGCUUCAUAUAACAUUCGGACUCCAUGGCAAGGAAGCGACGUUUUCGGAGGAGACACUCACGACCCGAUGCUUGGAUAUCACGCAAGGAGACGAGGGCGAGCAGAAACAUUCCUCGUCUGUGUACUUUUGACAGGUCGUAAGGGCACGCCAUCUUAGCAUUAAUGGGCUUGCAAAAAAAUGCUGACAAAGACAUGAAAAUUGAGGAGGUCGCUUCUGACAGAUUGGACGCCGUCAGCCAGCCAUGCCCUAACACCAGUUCGGAACGACUGUGGAUAGAACUUGGACCUUUCGGCCACUGAAUGUUUGGUGAGCAUCCUGACGUUCGGCAGCGUAAUGAUUUUCCGGUCGGUUGUGCACAUCAGUAUUGGCAGACACACAGAGCAAUAAGUUACGAUCGCCGUCAAUAGGGCAAUCAUCUGGGCGGAACGUGUUUGCAAGAAAAAUAAAUGCAUGAAUAAUUAUAGAGAAUGCGGAAAGGCCGCUUUUGGGGCCUAGACAUCCGAUGUUUCUAAUUCUAACUCGGGCCCAACAUCAAGAACAUAUGAACACUGUGGUCUGAGCUGAAGAUUAAAAUUCCUUUACAGUAAGGUAAGGUUAUUUUUGUAACCGUUCACUUGUUGCAGCCGCUUUUUCUGGGCACAUUUAAAAACACGGGAAAUUCCAUGCGGGCCUCCCAAUACUCCCCCACCUAGGAUGAGCAUUUCCCUGAAUUUGUACGAGAUAGGGGUAACAGCCCAUUCAUAUAACAACGAAUAAAUCUGCUUGCUGCUUAUAAUCACAUUCAAUUUCGGUAUUUUGCAUCGCCCAUACGCACCUCAGGGUUGUAGGUCGGCCAUUUGAAAGAAUGUAUGAGCAAAGGACGCGAAAUGUGACAGAUAAAUGUUGAAAAAGACUAUGCAGAUGCGAUUUAUGCAGUUGCGCGCACUUUGCAAAUUAGGUACCAGUCCACAAUGUGACUUUAGCUAACUGAAUUCACGUGACUUUCAAGGAACCUAUAACAUGCUAAAAGAAGAACUUAUAACAGCCAGUAAAUAUUUCUUCGUUAACUGAAUAGGAAUGAGUCACUGGGCAUUGGUUACUGCUAACUGGCCAGGAAGACCGACGUGCUGUGGGUGAAAUGCGCGUUCGAUCGUCGCAAGCGAUUUCGUCUGCCACCGUCUCACUAUUUUCGCCCAGCAUCAGCGGCUUGCGCAUGAAUUGGUUUAGAGUGACACAACCUUGUCCAGCAUUUGUCGUACUCUCUGUUCCCUCGCCCAUCGUACUGGCAUGGCAAGACAAAGUCAAGACUACUGGAGGUGGACUUGGUCGUGGUGGCCGAGAAAUCUAAACACCCAUCUACGAGUAGCACACCACGACCUGGCUCACGAUCCAUACGUACCUGACUACGAUGAAGGCGACUCUGAUCUCAACUGGUGAUGAUGAUGCCAUAAAGCCCACCUUGGGAAGUAGUCAUUGUAGCAUAGCCUCCAGCCCUGAAAGGGACGGAGUUAUCACUUUAGUUAAAGGCCCUAAAAGCCUUGACUUACAACGCGUAGUGCUAGGUCCACGCGCCUCAUAUUUUGUAUACUGAAGGCUGUGCGAUGUGUCGUGAAGGUGGUUUCCCCAUCGUCAGGCUUAAUAUCCCUUCCUCCUCCCAUGCACCAGUCGACUCUCUGAGACAGUCAGAUAAGUGAUGUUGGGAUUUGAAUGUCUGAAACACAAUAGAAAGACGAAAUGAAGUAAGAAUGUGUUCGCUUAAAAAACCGCUGCAACACGUUAUGAAAAUCUCAGUCAGCAAUUCUCAAUUUUAAAAGGAUUAAUUUCAAAUUCGAGUGGUCUUGUGGUUAAAUUUGAGGAGGAUUACUCAAGUAACACGCUGGGUUACACGAGUUUGAAGCUAAAUGCUGGCUAUUUUGUUAGAAAAAUACAGAUAUGAUUCAAAAGUCAGGGGACCACAAGAGAAAAGGGAUAUUGUUGUCAAUGCAUUCGUAAAAGGUUGGAAGCCAACAAAACUUUCGAAGCUCCAUAUGGAUUUUAGCGCUGGUGAAUCUAAACUGUUGUGACUUGUAGCCGAAGAUGAUUUCCUGAAUAGCAAACAAGCAGCAAUGUAACGUUCCAAAGAUGAAUUGAUUGCCCAACUGUCUUCUGCACCGCAAAUCUGUCCGGAAAUGACCAUUUGGAGCCUUCAUUUAGGGACAGGACGUCAAGUGCCUAUGUCCUAAGGGGCCUACCACGGAUAGAUUAUCUAUAAUUUUGUACUCACAAGAGCAUGCGCAUGACGUCAGUUGGGUGGGGCUCUGAACGGCUGCAGAGCAUAACAUGGAUUCUGUCGCUGUGGGUCGCUGGACGGCACAUUUGCAUCCAAUUUGUCUUAAGUUCUAAGAAGUGACUUGCAUAUCCUGUACUUCGUUCUUACUGGAGUCUUCACGGGAGAGUGCGUUGGCAGGGACGCAAAAACAUUCGUUCGUCUUUCAAAUCAGCAGACACCUAUUCCUUGAGCAUCCUGUUGUUGGACUUUACAUUAUUGACCAUUUAAUUGAGGUUUACCUGGGAACAAAUGAAACUCCUUGAUUUAAUACUUGUCAUCUAAUCCCCUUUCACGUGUUUUUAGAAAAGCGCAUCGCUGUCUAAAAUAAGAUAUUCAAGUCAUUGGCUUGUAUGUUAUUGACUGGGAGUCUCAAACAGUUCCUGUAUUUUACAUUUAGUUAGUCUCUAACAAAAUAAAUUUGCAUAAAACAGUCUUCAUUAUUUGCCACGCGAAAUUGCAAUUAGGUUUAUAGCUAUAGUAUACAGAUGUAGCAUACGCCUAAACGUUGAGCAGAAGACUGGCAACUCUCAUCCUGGACUCCUAGCAUUGAGAUGACUCCACUAGAAAUUUGCUCGCCUAAACUUGAGCACGGAAUUCCGCUCACUUUCUUCAGAAGUUAUUAGUAGCUAAUCUCUGUUUUUCUUGUGAUCGUCAUUCAAAGUGGUUUAUUUUUUUCUUACCAUCACUGAUUUUUGUUAGCGAACAUUUUACGCAUCUGAAAAGAAUACUUUAGAUCGAAGGGUGGAUGAUAUACUGCCAGCAGAAAGCACAGAAGCGCCUUUAAUCGUUUAGGGCAUAGUCGACCGCAGUGAUUUUUUGCACAAUGAGAUAAAAUACUAAGGGUCACUCCUUUAUAGUGAUUUGCUGCCUCCCCUAAAGUGGAUAGAAAUUGGUUUCUGCUCAGAUUCUGGACUUGCCAAUCCUAGAUCAUCCCCCUCCAUCCGCCCGAUUAUCUCAAAUUCACAGAUAUCCGCCGUCCCUCCCGGCCUAGUGAUAUCGCCACUCAGUCCGCCCCUGACCAAUAUGGGAACCAUUCUUUCUCAACAGCGGUUAACCUCGGCCAACCAAGUGCCCGUUUCCUAUGCAAACUCUGUCCAGCAGCCCGUCACAAGUGACGCAAACUCGGGAUUUUGGUUUAUCCCUACGAAAGUUCCUCGGUAG